AUGGCAGAAGAGAACAAAUGGAAGCCUCCUGGCGACGAAGAGGAUGAGGAGGAAGAAGUCGAUGAGGCCGCCUACAAGUCCGCUAAAGAUGCUGUGCUUUUCGUGAUCGAAGUCAGCCCAUCAAUGCUUACGGCCCCACCUCCAACGGAUGCGAAGAAGCAGGAACGAGAUACUCCUACUUUAGCAGCAGUGAAGUGCGCGUAUGCAUUAAUGCAACAGCGCAUCAUCUCUAAUCCGAACGAUAUGAUGGGUGUUCUCCUUUACGGCACGGAAGAAACCAAAUUCCAAGACGAAGAAGACGCUCGUGGAGGGCUAGGUUACCCGAACUGCUACCUUCUCACGGACCUUGAUAUCCCUGCUGCAGGUGAUGUUAAGGCUCUGAAAGAUCUAGUCGAAGACGACGAGGAGUCGAAAAAGCUUCUCGUACCGUCUACAGAACCAGUCUCCAUGGCCAACGUCUUGUUCUGUGCAAAUCAGAUUUUCACUACCAAGGCACCCAAUUUCACAUCGAGGCGGCUUUUCAUCGUCACGGAUAACGAUGACCCACAUGCGAAGGACAAGGCGCUAAAGUCUUCAGCAGCAGUCCGAGCCAAAGACUUGUAUGACCUGGGCGUUAUUAUCGAGCUGUUUCCCAUUUCUAAGCCAGAUCAUGCAUUUGAUAGGUCGAGAUUCUACGAUGACAUCAUUUAUAAUGCUUCACCAACAGACCCAGAAGCUCCUGCACCUGUUUCUGGCGGAGUCGCUCCAUCGCUAACAAGCGAUGGUAUCUCUCUACUGACAUCACUCCUCUCGUCCAUCAACUCCAAAGCCGUCGCGAAGAGAGCUUUGUUCUCUUCAAUACCUUUUGAGAUAGGCCCCGGUUUCAGGAUCUCCGUAAAAGGGUACAUCAUCUUCAAACGCCAAGAACCUAAACGCAGCUGCUUCGUCUGGCUUGAGGGCGAGAAGCCACAAAUUGCUACUGGAGUGACAACUCAAAUGGCCGAUGAUACCGCCAGAACAGUAGAGAAAUUAGAGAUCAAGAAAGCGUACAAAUUCGGCGGAGAGCAGAUCACGUUCACUCCGGAAGAAGUAUCAAGUCUUCGUCACUUUGGCGAUCCAGGAAUCCGGAUCAUAGGUUUCAAGCCUCUGUCAAUGCUACCUAUUUGGGCCAACAUCAGGCUUUCCACAUUCAUCUAUCCUUCGGAAGAUGACUAUGUCGGUUCAACGCGUGUUUUCUCCGCGUUGCAGCAAAAGCUUUUGAAAGACCAGAAAAUUGGGAUAGCUUGGUUCGUCGCGAGGAAAAAUGCUACGCCCGUGAUUGCUGCUGUUCUCCCAGGAGCAGAAAAGCUAGAUGAAAAUGGCGCCCAAGUAAUUCCACCUGGCAUGUGGCUCACACCUUUGCCAUUUGCAGACGAUAUCAGGCAGAAUCCGGAGACGAACCUCAUUCGCGCACCUGAAGGACUCAUAGAUCGCAUGAGGGAGGUGGUUCAGCAGCUGCAACUUCCCAAAGCCAUGUACGACCCUCGAAAGUAUCCCAAUCCUGCUCUGCAAUGGCAUUACCGAAUAUUGCAAGCCAUGGCUUUGGAAGAAGACCUUCCGGAGAAGCCAGAAGAUAAGACAGUCCCAAAGUAUAAGCAAAUCGACAAGCGAGCUGGGCCUUAUGUCAUCGACUGGGGUCACGAGCUCCACAAGGAAUACGAGGAGUGGCGAAAGGAUAAUGAAACAACGACCUCUGUUCCAGCGAAACGCCCCGCACCUUCUGGGAAAGAUGAUAUUCCGGACCGAAGCAAGAAAGCGAAAACUGCGACACCCGAUGACGGUCCUACCGACGCACAGAUGCAGCAUGCUUAUAUGAAACAAGAGCACAAGAAGAUGACAGUAUCGCAACUGAAAGCUUGGCUGCAUGGAAAGAGUAUAAGUGUUAGCGGCAAGAAGGCCGAUUUGCUGGAGCGAGUGGAAGAAUUCCUCGAGCAGAAAUGA